AUGACAGAAGAAGCUAUUAUUCGUAAACUUGUUGCUGAUGGAGAUGGUACUAGUGAUGAUAGAAGAAUUUUACAUUUAUUUCAGUUAAUUAAUAGUCUUGGAAAAUCAAGCGAUUCUAAAAGUGUUACAAAUAAAAUUGUUAUCCUUUUGGAUCAAAUUGAAUUUUCGUUUCGAAAGCAACAACAAAUUGCUCAGGCUAUGAAUUCUGAACGGGGAAAUUAUGAAAAGCUUUAUGAAGAGAUUGGCAAUCUAUUAAAUAAAAAUCAAGAGAAAAUGGAAGAAGUCAAAAAACAAUUAGCUGAAGCCAAACAAGUUAAAAAGAAUCAACAAGAAUAUGAUAAUAUUGCUAAAAUGAUUAAAGAAAAACCAAGUCGAGCAGAAACUACAAAAAAAUUAAAAAUUUUACAAGACGAAUUGGAAGAGGCUUAUUCUAAACAAAAGAUUUUGGAGCAGAAAUUAAUUGAAAAAAAGGAAAGUAUAAGUACCUUGGCUGCUCUUCUUGAUGAAUUAGACGAAACAAAUAAAGAACAAGUAGAGGAUGUAUUAAUGGCAGAAGUAGAAGAAGGCCCUGUAGCUCCUCCUCCUACCAACAUCAAACCAAAUACAAAUGGAGAAAAAGUUCGGAAUGAACUUGAAAUGUAA